UUCAGUAUUUUUGAAUCCUAAAUUAUUUUUCAUUUAGUUUUAACAAAAAAAAAAAAGUGGUCACAGGCACAUCACACAGUACAGCUAUUCAACUUUCAAUCCAACGAGUCUCCAACUCCGUCACUCCGCUCACGUGAAAAUGGAUCCGCCACCGUCUCAAUCUCGCCGUCCGCCCAGCUCGCCGUCGUCACCACCAAUCCUCCCCGACGAACUGAUGGCGGAAGUUCUCUCCUUCCUCUCCGUGAAAUCUCUUAUGCAAAUGAAAUGCGUAAGUAAGUUCUUCAACUCCCUCAUUUCCGAUCCCGCCUUUAUCAAAAUGCAUCUUCGUCGAUCUGCACGAAACCCUCAGCUCACACUUGUCUCAGGAAAGUGCGUAGCAGAUUUCCGUUUCGUAAUCCUCCCUAUAAGUAAGUUUAUCGAGAAUCCUCUGAUCACCUUACCCGAGAAACAUUUCUAUCCAUUGUUGGACACUCAUCAUUAUUGGUUGGUUGGUUCUUGUAAUGGAUUGCUUUGUUUUUCUCAUUAUUCUGCUUUCACUGGUAGUUAUAGAGAUUGCUGGCUCAAUUUCUACAAUCCAGCUACAAAUACCAUAUCUAAGAAAUUAGGGUAUUUUAAGGAUUAUUGCAAGCAUCGUUAUUUCUUCUCUAGAUAUGCAUUUGGUUAUGAUAGUUUAACUGACAAUUAUAAAGUAGUGGCGGUACGAUUGGUUGGUGACGGUGAAAUUGGUGACGGUGUAAGUGAAACUCAAUUGAGAACAGAGGUGAGGGUUUUUAGUUUGCGUGAUAAUGUUUGGAGAGAUAUUCAAGGUUUUCCGGUUGGUCCUCUCCGGUUAACUCUUCCAAGUGAGAAUCACGGUGUUUAUUUGAAUGGUAGUCUUAAUUGGUUGGCGCUUCGGAAUUGCUAUGGUGCGGAUAGGUUUUAUCAUAGCAACGAUAUUACUCUUGAUCAAUUUGUGAUCAUUUCGCUUGAUCUGGGUGCUGAGACACAUGUGCAGUUAAUGCCUCCGCGGGGUUUGGAAGAAGUGCCGCUUAUUGAGCCGACUAUUUCUGUGUUGGUGGACUCUCUUUGUUUUUGUCAUGAUUUCAAACAAACUUGUUUGGUUAUAUGGCAGAUGAGGGAGUUUGGGGUUGGAGAGUCUUGGACUCAACUCUAUAGAAUUAAGUAUCAAAAUCUUCAACACAUUGGAUGCUGGUUGCCAUUGCACAUUUCUCAUAAUAAGAAUACUCUGGUAUUGGCAAACAGGCGAGAGCUGCUAGCUAUCUAUGAUUGGACAAAUAAUACAGUAGAGAUAAUUACCAAUAAACCGCGGUGGGCCUUUUGCAAGGAUUAUGUUGAAAGUUUGGUUCCAGUUCCUUGAAAAUCGACAACCCCAACUUGAAGCACAUCUGGUGUUAUUGAUGGAACAUGGUGGGAUGCUUGGAAGAAAACAGACGAGGCUUAUUAGAACUAUGGAUAAUUUCAUCAGUUACAGUACUCAUUUUGUUGAACACAUUAUGACCCUCUUGAUGUAGCUCUUUAAGGUUUCUUUGGAAACAUGUGUAGUGUAACAACUUUCUGUGUUAUAGUUUGCUGGUUUUUGUGUAAAGGCAGGUGAAAGUCUUCAACUCUAUAAGUAAUUUAAAUACCCAUUUUGUAGGAUAGGGUAUAAUUCACAUUACAAUUCAAAUAUUGUUGUAGUUUUACAAGAUUAAAUUAAUGAUAUACUGAAAAUCUAUGCCUGGA